GCUCAGUUUCCAGCUGAGAGCUCUGCCUGUGUGAUUGAUCCAGCCUACCGAGGGGCUGGAGAUGGCCAGACUGACGGAGAGAGAGGCGAGGAGGCAACAGCAGCAGCAUCCCCCGCAGCAGCAGCCCCGAGCCUGCCCCAUGAGCGGCCCCGAGCCCACUGCUCAGCAAUCAGACAGCAUGAAGGACCUGGACGCCAUCAAAUUGUUCGUGGGGCAGAUCCCUCGCAACCUGGAGGAGAAGGACCUCAAGCCUCUCUUCGAGCAGUUCGGCAAGAUCUAUGAGCUCACCGUGCUCAAGGACCGCUAUACAGGCAUGCACAAGGGCUGUGCCUUCCUCACAUACUGUGCCAGAGACUCUGCCAUCAAAGCACAAACAGCCCUGCAUGAGCAGAAGACACUUCCUGGGAUGGCACGGCCCAUUCAGGUGAAGCCCGCAGACAGCGAAAGUCGGGGAGGUGACCGCAAACUGUUUGUGGGGAUGCUGAGCAAACAACAAUCAGAAGAAGAGGUGACCAGCAUGUUUCAAGCAUUUGGAUCUAUUGAGGAAUGUUCUGUUCUACGGGGGCCUGAUGGAAGCAGCAAAGGCUGUGCUUUUGUAAAGUUUUCGUCUCACGCUGAAGCUCAGGCAGCGAUACAUGCCCUCCAUGGAAGUCAGACAAUGCCAGGUGCCUCAUCCAGCCUUGUGGUUAAAUUUGCGGAUACAGAUAAGGAGAGAACAUUGCGCCGGAUGCAACAAAUGGUUGGUCAGCUGGGAAUCUUUACCCCAUCAUUAGCACUCCCCAUAAGUCCAUACAGUGCAUAUGCACAAGCGCUUAUGCAGCAGCAGACAACUGUUCUGUCAACAUCACACGGUAGUUAUCUGAGCCCUGGCGUGGCGUUUCCCCCAUGCCAUAUUCAACAAAUAGGAGCUGUCAACCUGAACGGGCUCCAAGCCACACCCAUCACACCAGCAUCAGGACUUCAUUCUCCGCCAGUCAUUGGUACUGCUACAGUACCUGGCCUGGUCGCUCCACUAACCAAUGGAUUUCCAGGGCUUGUACCAUUUCCCAGCAGUCACCCAGCUUUGGACACAAUUUACACCAAUAGCAUUAUGCCAUACCCAGCCCAAAGUCCAGCACUGACAGUGGAGAGCCUGCACCCUUCCUUCCCUGGGGUACAGCAGUAUUCAGCUAUUUAUCCCACUGCAGCUCUUACACCUGUCACACACAGCACCCCGCAGCCUCCUCCUAUUCUGCAGCAACGUGAAGGACCCGAGGGCUGUAACCUAUUCAUCUAUCACCUUCCCCAAGAGUUUGGGGAUAAUGAGCUAACACAAAUGUUUCUGCCCUUUGGAAACAUCAUUUCAUCCAAAGUGUUCAUGGAUCGAGCGACCAAUCAGAGCAAAUGUUUUGGAUUUGUCAGCUUUGAUAAUCCAUCGAGUGCUCAAACGGCAAUCCAAGCCAUGAAUGGAUUUCAAAUAGGAAUGAAGAGGCUUAAGGUCCAGCUAAAGAGGCCCAAGGACACAAGCCAACCAUACUGACCACCCACAGGCCGAUAGGCCCUCCUGAUCAUACAGGUACACAAUGGACCUUUGACUCCUGAAUCCUUUCCUAUAGGAUUAUGGGAAAAAGAAGACUUUUUCCUUCUAAACACUCCCUCCCACCCUUGAGCCUCAUGACCUUUGUCCCUCACCCACACUCAAGGACCAAAAAAUAAAAAGGUGACUAUGGGGAGAAGCAGCAAGAACCAAGCUACCUAAACACAAGUUUGUGUCUUGUGAGUGUUCUAUGUCUGUCUGCUGAAUGCCCAAGAAAGACCACCCCUGAUGGAACAAACUUACACCUGAUGACCUCCUUUAAAUGACCAAAUACAAGAGGGGGUAUAGGGUGAUGCCCUUCAGGUGGCAAACCCCCCACCAUAAGAGUGUCUACUGAUUUGCAGUGCAAAGAACUGUUUACGUAUUUAUAUGAACAUAUUUAUUUAUUGGGGAGGCCCAAUGCAACAUACCACACCCCUUUUCACUGCCAGAGGGCCAAGCAAUGUGGGAUGGUGUUAAAACAUUGUUUAUUUUGUUUUAGAUUUUUUUCUUGGUUAUUUGCGGAGGACAGGGUGUUCUGGGUGGGCAGGAUUGGAGCUCAACAGAGUUCAAAGGUCAUGUUUACAAAGCAGCCCCCCACACUCACAGGGAAGUUUCCAUUUGUCUGCUGCUCAUACACCUGGCCCCCCAGAAAAAAGGGCUGGACUUUUGCAUCUGCUCCAAAACCCUGCUCUGCAUCUUUCAGGACUGGGGAGGACUUAACCAUUCAAUGUUGUUCUGCGAAGAAACUGCAGAAGAGAAGCUGAAUCUGAUAUCCAUGCCUCAUUCUUACGGCAGAGAUUACCUGCUACCUAUCCAACUUCCCUUUGUGUUAACAAGGCGCUAAAUGGUCUCAUUAACGAAAAUGCUUGAGUUUCAUACUAGAAAGUCAGGAUGUGCGAAGUUUUUCGCCAACAUCAUAUUCCCCAAACCGCCACGGCUGCUUUUCUGUUUAGAGAAAAUUUCUAUGACUGCUUAUCAGAGGGUUUAGGCUUUGUCAGAAUUAAAAAAGAUUUGUUUUAAUUAAUAAAGUUUUAAGGGCCAAGUGAGGCAGAUGUUACAUGCUGACAUCUAGUGUUUCAGAGUAGAGAACAUCAGUUUGAUCCCACUGUAAGCUGAUAUAGCAAACUUCAGCUUGGGGUGAAAAAACACAGUGUACAUCUGUUCAGAUGCAUAAAAUCCAUAAAAUAUAAUUGUAUGCCAGUUUGUAUUUUCGCCCAGUGCAUGGCUGCCAGUAUGUUAAAUGAUUCCUGGGACAUCUUGCCAUGGAACAAGUGGCUAAUUGCAUUAAUGGAAUGAUCUACAUGGGCCUUGCUAGAUUGUAAUCUUUAUCAUGAUACCAUGGUUAGGUAAGCCGUAUGAUUUCAGUUUAGUAAAUAUUACCUUAAAAAAAAAAAAAAGCAAGAACAAUAAAAUCAUGAGAUUUAUAACUUUUAGGAGGACGGUAUAGUCUUAAAGCACUAUGUAGUGUUCAAUACAUAUCAUGAAAACCUUGUCCCUGAAAAUGAGCAUCAGUUAGUGACCAUUAUUAUGCAUCUAUAUUCAACAUUCUGCAUUAUAGGUCCAUUUAUUAGUAAAUAAAUCUGUUGCACUUGUAUACUGAUAAGAAAAGAUUUACAAUUUAUUUAGAAUAGUCUUAAGCACAUUGUAAUGAAUAUAGCAGGAUUAACAUUUAAACUGUACCUGUAUGCACCGCAAUCCGCUAUUUUAUGGGCUCAAAUCAGCCUACUGCAAAAUGAUGACACCACCCUGUGAAAUCAUUGGCUGUUCUCCAAAAAUACUGAUUGAGCCAAUAAAAUGGCUGCCUGUGCUACAUAGUUGACAAUUACAUUUGUUUUUGGCCAGUGUGGCCUAAAGCACACAGGCAUGUAAACAUUAAGCAUUUAUCAUAUUUUACCGAGGAAAUCCAACUGGGGUUUUUAGGAAUAUGUAGAAGUUAGGUUUGAUUAAGGUGGGUUAUUGUAGUGUAGCAUCCUCAAGGCAUGAGGUACAGUUGUCACUAGUAAAAUAGAAAAGUUAAUUUUAACGCAAUGGAAACCAGCAACGUUUUGCUAAUUUCUUUAGUCUACUCAGUGCAGUAAUGAGGUAACAGCCUACCCCAAGAACAAGGGGUCGUUGCAUCUGUGGUCACUUGUAAAUACCAUUUUUAUACUUCAAACAUUCCUUAUCUCAGAUGUGAAAAGAAGCGGCCCUGGUUAAGCACAAGAAGGAAGGGGGGCUUCUGGGCUUGUUUUACCUCUCCCGGUUCUUCAGUCUAUAAUUACCACAAAUUAUCAGUUUACCCUCUUCUCUAAAUGGAUGGCAGCAUCACAAAGAGCAGGUUUCCUAAAAGAUGUCACUGUUACCCUUCUGUAGAUGAAAAACAUCUUCCCCCUACCCAUAUUCGCUGUUGCAGGGUCUCUGAAAGGCACUAUGUGUAUAUAUAUAGACAUAAGAUUAUAUUUGUGCUGCAGAGGAUAACACAGAUUACUACUUGUAAAACCUAUUUUCCACUGUCAGACGGGCCACAAUUGUGUUGUUAUAGUUAUUGUAUUACAGGCCUCCUACUAAAUUUAAUGCCAGUUAAAGUUCAAACCAGAUUGCAGUGUUAUGUGAGGAAGGCCUGAGACAUUUACCACCGUAAAUUCUGUAGGGUCUAGGACUGAAUACUAUAAACUAGAUAUUUUUUCCAUGAAUAUAGAUAAUGAGGCUUGUGGCUUAACUCUGAACUUGACUUACAAAAUACAAGUAAAUAUAUUACAUGAGCUAUAAAGGAUUUUUCAUAAGAAAGACAAAGCACAGUUUAACCAGAUGAGGAAAAGGGUUAAAGCAGCUAAUUGUUUAGCACUGAAAUUUUUCGCAUCAACCUCCACAGCUCGCCUUGCCAUUGGUUUAUUCAUCUUGUACAGAGAGUUUCCAAGAUUGCCACCAAUGUGAGCAGGAAAUCUUCAGGGCUGUCAGUGAUUAAUUAUCAUAUCGUAUUCAGUGCUAAUUUGGCACCGGUGGAUUGGGCAGCACAUGGACUUGUGCCUCAUGUGCUCAUAUAAGCAAGUGCUUUCUCUGCAUCACAGCCUCUUCAUACGUCACCUGGGCCGCACAUUCCCUGGGUGUGUAUAAGAUUAUAUCUGUGACAGAAAAAUCCAGGUGUUCAGAACAGCUGCCAUUUACGAAAGAAUUAAAAGCUAAUUCUUAAGGC